AUGUUUGGCCCCAAGCCUCCAACCUCCCGCAUUUCAAUUCCCUUCCUACACCUCCCUACCCGCAACCACAGUAUCACGUUGUUCGCCGCCGGAAUGUCUGCAACCCAUGUAGACAUUGAUCCUGAGGGAGAUAUCCUCAUCAUCCUCCUCCAUGAUAAACCGGAGCCUGAUCCUGAGGAGGAAAAUGGCGAAGAACCUGCUGUCGAAAAACCUGAACCCGAGAAGACAGAUGGCGAAAAAGCAGAUGACGAAAUGACAGAUGUCGAAGAGCCCAAUCCUCAGACGUGCUUCAAGGUCUCGAUGAAGCAUCUCAUCCUAGCUUCGCCGCGAGCAAAAAAGAUGUUUGAGGGGAACUACACUGAAGCUCGACCAGAUGCUGAUGGACUACGUCGAUGGAAAUUUGAACCGAUCUUCGACCCCGCAGCUUUUGAGAUUGUCAUGAAUGCAAUUCAUGGCUACACUCACAAGAUGCCACGGACUGUGACCCUCGAGAAUUUGGCCAAGAUCGCUGCCAUAGUUGACGAUCUGGAUUGUGCCCAAUCCCUAUGGUUCUUUGCCAAGACGUGGAUCGCUGGCCUGGACAAGUACAUGCGCAAUGAAAACUUUAGAUGGUGGAUAGUCAUUUCAUUCGUAUUUGACGAGCCCGAUAUAUUCAGGCCAGCAACCCAGCUCGCAAUCCUUCAAGACAAGGCACAAUUCGAUGCACAAGGGCUCCCAAUCCGCCCAAAAAUCAUUGGUACGAUAACGGGCCGGGAUUCUAUGCAGUUCUGUCUGACGUUGCAAAUAGAUACAAUGGACGCCGAGAGAGAGAAGCACAUCAAAAGAAUCGUCAUUGGGGUUGCAUCGCUUGUUAGAAAGGUUCAAAUGCAGACGUGCGACCCCCAGUGCAAAUCCAUGACGUUCGGCGCGUUGACACUGCACCUUAUGUCGCUCAACCUUAUCUUUCCAUCUCCGUCUGAACCCUAUCUUGGCAUGAGCUUGAAUAUUCUUUUCUAUCAGUUGAGAAUCUUUCAGCUUCCAUCGGUCUACCGCCCAGGCGAGUCGUUCAAGGAACAUAUGACGCGCUCUAAAGACUUGUGGUUGUUCCAACAGGCCAUGGCGCCAGGCGGGAAGCGUCAAAGGCAGCCAGAUGGCGCUGAUACUCACAGCUGCGAUCUACGGGAUCUGGUCGCGAAGUCACUUUCGAGCUUAUUGAUAACUGUCCCUGGCCUGAAACUCUCAGACUUUCGCUAG